AUGCCUAGACGUAAGGUUGAAGGAAAAGUUAUCAAAAGACGUAGUAGAAAUGGCUGCCAUAAUUGCAAAAGAUUAAAAAUAAAGUGCGAUGAAGCCAAACCUACUUGCAAAAAUUGUACCAAGACCAAUACCACCUGUGACUAUUCCAUCAAACUAUCCUGGGGUGGUCGACCUUACAAGAAACCUCGCGUUGACACAUCCGACCAGUAUACCGCAUUGGUGUCCGGUCAGAAGGCUGCCAUCAAGUUAGCAGAUCAAGAUGACAUUGACGAUAUGAUAUUUUCCGGGUUUGGGGACACCUCUAUGCCAGCAUCUAUCAGAAACAUCUCCCAAGUUUUUAAACCUUCUCCUUUUCAGCAACCAGUCACUAUUGAGUCAUUCAUAAUGGAGAAACCCGACAUUUUUUACACAACUACAAAAAUCGACGAAAUUGAUGCACUUAGCACCCCUCCUUCUUCUCGACGUGGUUCCCGUGAAACUGAAUUUGUUUCUGCUAAUGACAAUAAAUUGUUUACUGAUAAUGAAAAGCAGAAAUCUUCUGAACCUUCAACGGUAUCUAACUCGGAGGUUCCUUCUGCAGUCACUUCUCCCAAACCAGACAACUUGUUGGACCUGGUGUCUAAUAUUAAUGACUCUGGUUCAGCUGUCAAUGUUGAAAAUGCCGCACCAACAGAAAUUACAAACAAUAAUAUGCUUUUUGAUAAUUUGACUGCUACCCCUCAUCCACUAUCCUUCACCAACUUAAGCGACCUGAACUUUUCUUUUGAUUUAAAGAAUAGCCGCCCAGAUUCAGGUGACAACCUUAACAUUCAAGCUACCGGUCAAUCUUUUACUGUUUCCUUAACAGAUGAUAAGCAACUUACAAUCAGUUCUCCUCUUGACCUUAAGGAAUUCGAUCUUUCCACUAUUGACGAUUUUGAAACAGACCUUGCUGCUCUGCAGUCUACCAAUUUUGAAUAUUCUUCUCUCAUUCAAUUACCACUUCGUGAUUCUGGCUACUCAAACACUCCUUCGUCUACAGAGGAGUCUCCUGCCAACUACGAUUCACCUGAACUCAAUCCUUAUUCUGACAAUCAUUAUGACACUAUUCCCCGCUCAUUGGAACCACUUCCCGAUUUACUGCUGGCAGUCCCUACUUAUCGAGAUCUCUUCCAUCAUUAUGUUUAUGUGACAGCAGAUAUACUUGUCCCUGCACCCAUCAUCUAUCCACAAAACCCCUUCAAGACUAUCUUACCAGCCAUGGCUCUUCAAACCCCUCAUCUUUUGGCUUUACUGUUGGCCUUUUCUGCACACCACCGUGCACGUUUCUUACGAAUGGAAAUACCCAAGCAAGUUAUCUCUAGACUUUUGGCACGCGUGUUUCAAGGUUUCAUCAGAUGUCUGGAAAAUGAAACUGAAGCUAAAAGUGAUACUACUCUGACAACAGCCAUUCUGCUAACAUCAUUUGAAAUCUUAACGUCUGGUGGUCGUAACUCCUGGAAGACACAUAUGCAUGGUGCUCGCGAUAUUGUGAUUGCUAGAGAUUUUGCUCAAUCUCUUAUGGAAAAGAGCUACUUUUCCUUUGACUUUACCAAAUCUUCGAGUUCUGGUACAAAUUCCUCAACUCCUCAACAUUCUUUCCCAAGCACUAGUCCCAAAUUAUCACUUAAUGAAACCAUUUCAAGCAACGUUAUUGGUCCUAAACCCCUUGGUGUAUUAAGAUCAGAUAUUGACGAAACUAAUGUUUCUUUCUUCUUGGUCCGAUGGUUCGCUUAUCUUGAUGUUAUUGGCUCUUUGUCAUCCUUCAAAGCCUCGGCAUUUCUUACGACUAGUGAAGACAUGGCCCAGCUUUGGGGAUUACAUGACUGGCAUAUUGCAAGAAUUAAGCAACGUUCUCUUGAGGAAAUUCAACACUCGCGGUCAUUACCACCUACUCAACCUCAAACUCCAGAAGCUAUCCAGUCUGAUGGUGAGAUUUUGGAUGUUAGUGCACGUCAUUAUGGUAUAAAAGUAGAUUUCCUUUUGGGUAUUGAUCUUGAUGUACUACCUCUCUUCUCCAAAAUCAGUUCCUUAGUACGUCAGAGACAGCGGUUAACUGAAAGCUUGAAGAUGUUUCUCAGUAACAAUCCUAAUGCAACUGAAGAGAACUCAGAGUACAUUAGGGUUUGGAAGAAUGAUGAUCAGAGUCUAAAAUCAGAAGCCUUAGAACUUUCUGAUAUUCUCUUGUCAUUAUGUGAAGCAUAUGAACUUCGACGUAAACAAUACAUUACCAAUGCUAUUGGAAUAAUGGAACGCAAACGCCGCGACUCAAACUCAUCUUCACCAUCUUCAAACUCAAGCUCACCAACAAACAACAAGGACUCACCUAUUACUAAUAACAAUUACCCCACCAACGCUGAUGCAUUUGAUUAUACUUCCAUAUUUGGGAAUACCGUUCCUAAACAGGUUGAAACUUCAGUAUCAGCGACAGUUCAAAACAAUUCACUGCUAAAUAAUCCGAAUGAGUUUGUUUUUUCUGCUGAAAGUUUGGAAAAGCUUAAUAUUGCAUUAAAAAAGACUGAGGAUGUUAUGCCAGCAGUGUCGCAGCUUCCGGCAUCAGUUCAGGCACACUCGCAGUUAUCUAUUAUGAAUACCACUUUCUGUUAUGCUGCCAUUCUUCAUUUGUACCGUCGUGUGAUGAAUCUUCCUUCGUAUUCGCCAAUGGUUCAGAAUAUCGUUAAACACAACACCAAGCUGCUGACUCGUCAUAUACCUCUUGGUUCCCCUGUUGAAGCUUGCAUGAGUUUCCCUGUUUUCACCAUUGCUUGCGAAGUAUUGGAGCAUGACCAAGAAACUCGGAAAAAAUACUGGCUGCGGCUCAAGGGAAUGGACCGGUUUGGUGUUGAGCAAACAUCAGUUGCACGUAAAAUGGUUGAACGAUGCUGGAAAGAAAAGCGAGAUUGGCCUGAUGUGAUGCAAGAGAUUGGCUGGGAUAUUGCGCUAACUUAA